AUGUGGCGGCGCGGGGCGCACGCCGACGCCGCGCACCAUCUCCCCACCGCGGGCCCGGGCGCGUCCUCCUCCUCCACCGCCGCCGCCGCCGCGGGCGCGGCCUCGGCGCGGAGACGGCGGCGCCCAGGGCUGCCGUGCCGCCCGAGCCACCUCUUCUUCGCGCUCCUCGUGGCGCUCUUCACCGCCUCCCUGCUAGUGGUCUGGCAGCUGCUCCCCAUCGGCGACGGCGACGGCGACGCAGCGGAGGGGGAGGACGGGGAGGCGCCGCCGCUCCUCGAGGGAGGCGAAGCCGGGGCGAUGCGGUUCUCGUCCUCCAGCCUAGUGCUGCGCGUGUUCGACGGCGAGAGCCGGCUCGAGGCCGCGAGAUCCGAGCGGCGGCGGUGGGCCAGCCUCGCGCCCGUCAGGGUAGCGCUCGCUGUUGGAAAUAUGAACAUAGAUGCACAAUCUCUGAUGCUUGCAACUGUUGCGAAAAGUCUUGUGAGUCUGGGCUACGAAGUUGAGGUUUUAGCGUUUACAGAUGGGAAAGCUCGUGAUAUUUGGGAAAAUAUUUGCCCUGUACAAUGCUGUGCUAUUAAGCUCUCUCGAAGGGAAAAGGGUUGUUUCAAUGAACCUUUCCGGCUUUUACCAGUGGUUUGGCUUAUACAUGAAGGAACUCUUGGACAACAUCUUAGAAAUUAUGCAGAGUUACGUGAUUCCAUUCCAAAUGUCAUUGAAGAUUGGAGGACUCAUUUUAAUGCAUGCGCUUAUGUUGUUUUUCCAGAUAGCUACCUUCCUGUAUUUGAUAUCUGGGCUGCUAAAAGAUUUGGUUCAUCACAUUCUGAAGAAACUAUAAGAAAGCAGCAUGGGAUUGAAAAAGGUGAUGUCGUUAUUUUGGUCGUUGGAAGCUACUUGUUCGUUGAUGAUUUGCCAUGGGAUUAUGUCACAGUCAUGCGUGCAUCAGCUCCACAAAUUUUGGAUAUAGCAAAAACUAAAAAUCUGAGGGUGCAGUUUAUUUUUUUCUGUGGAAAUGGCUCUGAUGCCUACAAAUCCGCUUUCCAGGAACUUACCUCGCACAUGGGCUUACCUGAUGUCUCCAUAAAGCAAAUUUCCAUGACUCAUGAUAUUAGGAACCUGUUAAUGUUUGUGGAUGUUGUUCUCUAUGGAUCUUUAAGACAAGAGCCUGGCUUCCCUCCUUUGUUAUUGCGGUCCAUGUCCUCUGAAAUUCCAGUUGUUGCACCAAAUCUUACUGUUAUAACAAAAUAUAUUGAUGAAAGAGUGGAAAGACCUUUGUUAUCAUGGGAUGAAGUGUACAAAAACGCUCGUAAAUCAGAAAGGCUAAAGCCAGAGGGAAAUGAACGUGACGAAGGUGAACUAGAAAGGACUGGGCAACCUGUGUGUAUAUAUGAGAUCUAUAGUGGAGAGGGGGCAUGGCCAUUUUUACACCAUGGAUCUUUGUAUCGUGGUGUUACACUUGAAUACCCUCCACAGCAGUUAAGUUCUGAGCUAAUGUAUAUUGGUGCACAUGUUCAUUCAAAGCUUAUGCCUACUUUUGCAUAUUAUCUCAAGUCAAAAGGUGGAAGGCGACCGAGAUCAGAUGAUGUUGAUGCCGUUACCAGGCUUUCAGUUCUAGACAACCCAUACUAUCGAGAUCUUCUUUGUGAAUUUGGUGCUAUGUUUGCCAUUGCAAACAGAGUUGAUAAUGUACACAAGUUACCAUGGAUAGGUUUCCAGUCAUGGCGGGCUGCUGGAAGAAAGGUAUCCUUGUCUGAAAGUGCUGAAAAAACCUUAGAGGAAAUUACGUCUGGAGAAAGUAACGAGGAUGUUGUAUACUACUGGUCACCAAUGGAUAUGGACCAAACUUCUGACUUUUGGUUGACGUGUGAUUCUCUAAAUGCUGGCAAUUGCAGAUCUCUUUUUGAAGAUGCAUUUAGGACUAUGUAUGGAUUGCCAGAGAAUGUCAUGGCCCUUCCACCAAUGCCCAGUGAUGGCGAUCAUUGGUCUACUCUUCAUAGCUGGGUCAUGCCCACCCCAUCAUUUUUGAAAUUCAUCAUGUUCUCAAGAAUAUUUGUCGAUUCACUUCAUAGCUUGAAUGUGAAUAGUACUGAGCCAGCCUCUUGCUUCCUUGGGGUAUCAGAACCUGAGAGAAGGCACUGCUAUUGUCGAAUCCUGGAAGUCCUUGUAAAUGUCUGGGCUUAUCACAGUGGAAGGAAGAUGGUCUACCUUAACCCUUUCACUGGGGAUACCAGAGAGCAGCAUCUGCUCGAUAAAAGAAAUGGGAUGUGGGUAAAGUUCUUCGAUUUCACCCUUCUGAAGAGCAUGGAUGAGGAUCUGGCAGAAGAAGCUGAUGAUGGCAUGCAUCCUGGAAAUGAUCAAUGGCUGUGGCCAUUAACUGGUCAGGUGUUCUGGCCUGGCAUUGCUGACCGGGAAAGGGAGGAGAAAUAUAUUAAAAAGCUAGACAAAAAGCUCAAGAACAAGGUGAAGUUACUUGAAAGGCAGAAGUCUGGUUACAAGCAGAAGCCCUUGGGACAAUGA